UGGGGAAGACGAUGGCGUCCGUUCGGGACGCGAGGCGACGCGGAUGAGGAUUCCCCCUAAGGAGUUGGCAGUACUGCUCUGCAACAAAUCCAAUGCCUUUUACAGCCUUGGGAAAUGGAACGAGGCAUUUGUCACUGCCAAGGAGUGUCUCCAAUGGGACCCAACCUAUGUGAAGGGAUACUACCGAGCAGGUUAUUCCCUGCUGCGCUUGCUCCAGCCUUAUGAAGCUGCUCGCAUGUUUUUUGAGGGUCUUCGACUUCUGCAGAGCAACCAAGAAGAAGCACAGGUUCCUGAUUUCCUUGUUGGGAUCUUCACCACUAUGAGCAGUGAUUCCAUUGUUUUGCAGAGUUUUUUGCCCUGCUUUGAUCAUCUUUUCAUUUCUGGAUUUCCAAUAGAAGUGUGGCAAUCUGUAAUAGAAAAGUUGGCAAAGAAAGGACUAUGGCACGCAUUUCUGCUAUUGUCAGCAAAAAAAGACCGACUGCCAAGCGAUAUUCAUGUGCAUGGAUUGUCACUGAAGAGUCUCUUUGAGAAGUAUGUCUUCAUUGGGCUUUAUGAGAAAGUGGAACAGGUGCCUAGGUUGGUCCAGUGGCUCAUCUCCAUCGGUGCAAGUGUUGAGACCAUAGGACCCUAUCCUGUCCAUGCCCUUAUGCGGCUCUGCAUCCAAGCAAGAGAAAACCAACUUUUCAUGUGGCUAAUGGAUCUCAGGCCUGAAUUGAAAGGCCACAUCAACCAAAGAGAUGACGCUGGCUGCACCGUCCUGCAUAUCACUGCUUCCCACUCCCCGGGAUACUCCAUCAAGCGACAAACAGAGGAUGUGCAGAUGCUCCUGGGCUUUGGGGCAGACCCCACUCUGCUGGAUAGACACUCCAGGACGGCUGUGGAUAUCCUCAGGAGGAAUAAGAACUUCAGAGCCAUUGAGAGAAUCAACAGUCACUUGGAAAAGCUGGCUACACGUUCUAAGAACUUACCAGUUUUACAGAGAGUGACAGACGGCAUGGCAAGAAGAACCAGAAAUUCUUUUCACGAAAUCUCUCCUGACCUGAUCUGUGAUAUUAAUCGAAACUGUGCCAACACCUUCAUCAAAUUCUUACUGGAAAGACAGAAGUGGCCUGAAGUGCUUCUGUUGCUCACCCGCAAGGCCAGUGGGAAGCCGAACUUCAGAAAUUGCCUCAUCAAGGAUUGCAACCUCUCAGACCUAGACAUCUGUACUGUCAUCCCCCAUCUUAGCAACUGGGACCAGAGGAAGACCCAGUUGCUGAGCCGCCUGAUUGAUAGUGGAGCACUGCCCGAGGGUCUCCAGCAGAGCCAGGACAGGCCGCUUCUCAUGUGCCUGAGACAUGAGGACUUCGAGUUGGCUUUUCUUCUUUUGACCAAGGGCGCAGAUCCCCGUGGUAUUUCUUUCAUGGAAGGUGACACGCCUUUGCACGCUGCACUCCACAUCUUUCUAGAUAUCAAUGCUGACAUUGGCUUUAACUUCCUCAGCCACCUGUUGGAUUUAUUUUGUUCCAAUCCCACCAAGUUUUAUUACCUCAAUCCUAAUGUCCAAGAUAGCAAUGGGAACACACUGAUGCACCUCCUCUUCCAGAAGGGCAAGAUGAAGCGCAACAAGAAGUUGAUAGACUUACUGGUGAAGUUCGACAUCAACUUCAACCUGAAGAACAAAGAAGGCAAAGAUGUAAAGCACCGGAUUAAGAAGAAUGACACUUUGCUUUUGGCCUGGAACAAAGCCCUGACAGAGAGCAGGAGGAGGAGCCGGCAAGACCCUGCCACUCAACUAGGGAAGUUCUCUAAGUCUUCUGCCCCUGGUCAGACACCUCAGCUCAAGUCCCAAGGUUCCUUCAAAUCACUUCCAUGUGACACCACUGCCAGAGCCCUUUUGGAAGGAGCCGCAUUUCCUGGUGCUCAGGUGACUAGGCAGGAUCCUGAAGGUAGCAGGUCGUGCUCUCUGAGAGACCACCUUGUGCAGGACAUUACAGCUUUGAUUGAACAGGUCGAGUUGGAUGUAUCUCUCCUAGAGGACUCUCCUCAGCAGGGUCCCCUCAGAGUAGGUGGUAACCCAGAAAGAAAGAAGGACAAGCGCCAGCAAACCCAGAGUGUGGGGAGAUCUGACUGUAGUAGAACCAAUCCUGCUGCCCUUGAGGCUGGGGAAGGACCUGCUCAGGCAGGCCCUGGGGCCUACCAGCUUGUUCCGGCUGAUAACCGAAGAGGAGCGGGCAAUGACCAUCCAGACAACUGGACUUUGCAGGAUAUAGAGGCCUGUCUCCAGGAUUUUGAUAACAUGACCUGGGAGAUUGAGUGUACUUCAGAAAUGCUGAAAAAGCUGUCCAGUAAGGUCAUGACCAAGGUCAUUAAGAAGAAAAUACUCUUUGCUAUCCAGCAGCUGGGGAAUGGUGAGUGGACCCAGGGCUUGCAAAAGCGUCUGAAGCACUCAAAAGGAAAUAUCCAGCUCUUUGAAGCAAAGCUGGACAAAGGAGCCAGGAUGCUGUGGGAGCUUGCCAUUGACUUUUCUGCUCGGUGCAGUGAGAACUCAGAGAAGAUCAUGUCUACAGAGCGGAACACAUACUCUGUGGAGAAGCCAGGGCGGGUCUACACAGAAAUCAUCCGAAUCUGGGACAUUGUCUUGGAUCACUGCAAGUUGUCAGAUUCCAUCGUGGCUAUCUGCAGUGCCUAUACCCGGGGCUUGUCCUGUGUCCUUCGCAAGAAGCUGAAGGGUAUCAACAGAAGCCACCCAUCGGCUAACAUGAAGAUCCAAAAGAGAAUACCCCGCUGCUACGUGGAGGACACAGAGGCUGAAAAGAGCAGGCAACAGGCAGACCCUGAGUACUUCCCCCCAGCCAGUGCUGUGGAGACCGAGUACAGCAUCAUGAAAUUCCACAGCUUCAGCACCAACAUGGCCCUCAACAUCCUCAGUGACAUGGCGGUGACGGUAGAGUACCCCUUCAGGGUGGGUGAGCUCGAGUAUUCGGUGAUCGACCUCAACCCCAGGCCUCUGGAGCCCAUCAUCCUCAUUGGGCGGAGUGGCACUGGGAAAACAACCUGCUGCUUAUACAGGUUGUGGAAGAAAUUCCAUGUUUACUGGGAAAAAGCUGAGCAAGCAGGAAGCCCAUUGCUGACCAAACAGAUCUUGCCAAAGAGAAGGUUGGAUGUGGAGCCCAGAAAAGGUGGUCCAUGUAGGGAGGAAGGAGACAAGGAAGAGGGAAGUUCCACUAAAGUGGAAACAGCAGAUACUAUAGAUGAGGCACAAGAGAGAAAAGCUUGUGCAGGGGCAGCUCAGGUGGAGCCUUCAAGGCAUGGCCAGGCAGCAGAAGGACGUGUGCCAGAACACCCCCACCAGCUGGAGCAUCUGCACCAGAUCUUUGUGACCAAGAACCACGUCCUGUGCCAGGAGGUGCAGAGGAAUUUCAUUGAGCUUUCUAAGUCUACCAAGGCCACCAGUCAUUACAAACCGCUAGAUCCCAGUGUCCACAAGCUCCAGGACCUGAGGGAUGAGAACUUCCCACUGUUUGUCACUUCCAAACAGCUGCUGCUCCUACUUGAUGCUUCUCUACCCAAACCGUUCUUUCUGAGAAAUGAAGAUGGAAGUUUAAAAAGGACCAUUGUGGGGUGGUCCACACAGGAAGAGUUUACCAUCCCCAAUUGGGAAGAGGAUGAAGAAGAGCCUGAGGCAGAUGGGAAUUACAACGAGGAGGAUAAAGCUGCAGAAACACGUGCAGGUGACAGUGAUCCCCGGAUAUAUGUGACAUUUGAGGUAUUCACAAAUGAGAUAUGGCCCAAAAUGACCAAAGGGAAAACUUCCUACAAUCCUGCCUUGAUUUGGAAAGAAAUAAAAUCUUUUCUGAAGGGGUCUUUUGAAGCCCUUAGUUGUCCAAAUGGGAGACUCACUGAGGAAGCUUAUAAGAAAUUAGGGAGGAAACGAUCCCCCAAUUUCAAGGAAGACCGGAGUGAGAUCUACAGCCUUUUCUGCCUGUACCAGCAGAUCAGGUCCCAGAAAGGGUAUUUUGAUGAAGAAGACGUUCUGUACAACCUGUCCUGGAGGCUGUCGAAGCUCAGGGUACUUCCCUGGUCCAUCCAUGAGCUCUAUGGUGAUGAGAUUCAGGACUUCACCCAAGCUGAGCUGGCAUUGCUGAUGAAAUGUAUCAAUGACCCCAAUGCCAUGUUCCUCACUGGAGACACUGCACAAAGCAUCAUGCAAGGUGUGGCCUUCCGCUUCAGCGACCUGCUCUCCCUGUUCCACUAUGCUAGCAGAAACACUGUAGAUAAGCAGUGUCCUGUCCGGAAGCCCAAGAAGAUCCACCAGCUGUUCCAGAAUUACAGAUCCCACUCCGGAAUCCUUAACCUUGCAUCUGGAGUGGUGGACCUACUUCAGUUCUACUUCCCGGAAUCCUUUGAUCGCCUUCCAAGGGACUCUGGACUCUUUGAUGGUCCCAAGCCUACUCUCCUGGACUCUUGUAGUGUGAGUGACUUGGCAAUCUUGCUACGAGGGAACAAAAGGAAAACCCAGCCGAUUGAAUUUGGUGCCCACCAGGUAAUUCUUGUUGCCAAUGAAAUGGCAAAAGAGAAAAUUCCAGAAGAGCUGGGGUUAGCACUUGUGCUAACAGUUUAUGAAGCAAAAGGAUUAGAAUUUGAUGAUGUCCUUCUUUACAACUUUUUUACUGAUUCUGAGGCUCUUCUGAAAGAGAAAGGGGCUUAUAAGGAAUGGAAGAUCAUUUCUUCAUUCAUACCUCCAUCAUCUGACUCCAAAGAAGAAAACUGGCCAGUGGCUGAAGUGCCCCUUGAGAAAACAAGCUCCUCUCAGACUCGGACCCUCAUGGUGAACCCAGAAAUGUACAAGCUCCUGAAUGGAGAGCUGAAGCAGCUGUACACUGCCAUCACUCGGGCCCGGGUCAACCUCUGGGUCUUUGAUGAAAACCUAGAGAAAAGGGCACCUGCUUUCAAAUAUUUCAUUAGGAGAGAUUUUGUCCAGGUUGUGAAGAUGGAUGAAAAUAAGGAUUUUGAUGAUAGCAUGUUUGUUAAGACCUCAACUCGCGAGGAGUGGAUCACACAAGGAGACUAUUACGCCAAGCACCAGUGCUGGAAGGUUGCAGCUAAGUGUUACCAGAAAGGAGCUGCAUUUGAGAAGGAGAAGUUGGCCCUGGCCCACAACACUGCUCUGAACAUGAAAUCCAAGAAAGUUAGCCCCAAGGAUAAGCAGUUACAGUAUUUGGAACUGGCUAAAACUUACUUGGAAUGCCAUGAGCCAAAGCUGUCCCUCAAGUGCCUGAGCUAUGCCAAGGAGUUUCAGCUCUCUGCUCAGCUGUGUGAGAAGCUGGGAAAGAUAAGAGAUGCUGCCUAUUUCUAUAAGCGAUGCCAGUGCUACAAAGAUGCCUUCAGAUGCUUUGAACAGAUUCAGGAAUUCGAUCUUGCUCUCAGAAUGUACUGCCAAGAGGAGCUUUUUGAGGAAGCUGCUAUUGCAGUGGAAAAGUAUGAAGAAAUGCUAAAGACCAAGACCCUUCCAGUCCCCAAGCUCUCCUAUUCUGCUAGUCAGUUCUACUUGGAGGCUGCAGCAAAAUACCUGAGUGCCAACAAGACCAAGGAAAUGACGGCUGUCCUCUCAAAGCUCGAUGUGGAAGACCAGCUGGUGUUCCUGAAAUCUCGGAAGCGCCUUGCAGAGGCCGCAGACCUGCUCAACAGAGAAGGUCGGAGGGAAGAGGCUGCCCUGUUGAUGAAGCAACAUGGCUGCUUCCUGGAGGCCGCCAGGCUCACUGCUGACAAAGACUUCCAGGCAUCCUGUUUGCUGGGAGUUGCCCGCCUCAAUGUGGCCAGGGGCUUGAACAUAGAGCACACAAAGGCCAUUCUGAGAGAAGCCCUCGAUCUCUGCUGUCAAACCAGCCAGCUCUCUGGCUUAGCAGAGGCCCAGUUCCUGCAGGGUAUCAUCCUGAGAGACUUUCAGAAGCUCAGGGAUGCCUUCCUCAAGUUUGAUACACUCAACCACUCAGCUGGAGUGGUGGAAGCACUCUACGCAGCAGCCAUCUGGUGUGAGUCUGAGCCUCAGAAGGUUCUGGCCCUGGCUCCAGGGGGCUUGGAAGUCCUUCUCAGUCUGGUCAGGGCUCUCAAAAGAGUGACUAACAAUGCUGAGAAGGAAAUGGUCAAAUCUUGCUUUGAGUUUUUCGGAAUUUCCCAGGUGGAUGCCAAGUAUUGUCAGAUAGCUCAGAAUGAACCUGGGCCCUUACUAAGAAUCAUUUCUGAUCUGGAUUUGACCUUGAGUGAGAGGAAAAUAAAAGAUCAUUUCUUGAUAACAACUGAGCACGUGAAGCUGGCCCUGAACAAGCACCUUUUAAAUAGACUGUGUCAGAUCACACAGAUCCUACUUGGGAAGACUUACCCGGGGGUCUGCAUGAGGUUUAUUGCAGGUUUAAAAUGUGAAGACCAACGAUGUGAAGAUUUCCACAGACCCCUGCGUCGCUGUGAGGCCAAGUGUAUGGUUCAGUCGAAGAUGCACCUGGUAGCAAUCAAUGGAUUGCUUUUGGAAGCCAAAAAAGUAUUCCCUAAAACUUUGGCUGAAGAACUUGAAGAGAUCGAUUGUAUUUUGUCUACAGAUAUGUAUGGCCUUUGCAAAUCCUUCCUAAAUGUUCUCUUCCCUAGACAUUUCCAUCAGAGGGUGCUGUCAGAAAACCCCAUGGCAUGCAAAGAGAUCCUCAAGCCAAAUUACAAAUCCUUCCGAUUCUACAGGUUGGCCUUGAAAGAGUACAUUCACUAUCUGUUUCAAAACGAAAGUGCACACAGCCGCCGGGAAUCCACAGACCUGUGGCUGAGCGCCAUGCAGGCUUUUCUGCUCUCCUCGAGCUACCCAGAGGAGUUUGAAAGGCUACUCCACCAGGAGGAGAACAGCUACAACCGGGAACUGAAGACUCUGGAGGCUGACAAGGAGGAAAAAGGCAGGGGGAGGGGCAGCAGAAUGAAAGGAAUAGAAGGGAAAUUUGGCAUGCUGGUGCCCAACAAGGACAAUGAAAGCACUGAGAAGACCCAUCUGUGCUUCAUCCGCCUCCUGGAGACUUCCAUAGACCAACUGUAUGUUCAUAGAAACCCCGAAGACUACAAGAGACUCUUUUACCGCUUCAUGAAUGUCCUUAUCAGAAGGUGCAAAGAGCCGCUCAUCCCCAGCAUUAUCAACACAGUGGUGCUGCUGGAGCUCCAGUUUGUCCACUGCGGAGUGGUGCUGGCCCGCCUGCGGAAGAACACCAUCCUGUGCCUCCCCAAGAGCUACAUCGCACUCCUGCACUACUGGGAGUUUCUGUCUGGCAAGAAGGACAGGGAGCCGGUGGAUGUGUUCUCCAUCAUUCAGGAGUACAAGCCAAAGGAUGUGACCAGAGCCAUUCAGGACUUACGGUUCCACCUCUCCUACCUCGCCAAGGUGCUGUGUGGCUACGAGAAUAUGAACUUCAAUGUCCUGCUCGAUGCCUUCAGUGAAGUCGACCAUGUGAUUUCUGGUGAGGCGGAGCGGACGCUGGUGCUGUGCUUGGUGAUGCUAGUCAAUGCGGAGGAUAUCCUGCAGCCCAUGUGCAAGCCACUUCUGAACCGCCACUUCCAGGAGAUCCAGACAAGGCUGCAGCUCAUGAGCGUGGACUGGCCGGACCAGGUUCCCGAGCGGCUGCGGAGGGUGGUGCAGCGGGUGUUGAUGGCAGGCAGCGUGAAGUCCGUGGCAGAGGCACUGCAGGACCUGCUCUUUGCACGGGAUGAAGAAUACCUGGUGGAUUGCCGCUGGCGCUGGGACAGCGUGCCUGCCAAAGGCGCUGUGGUCCGUGGCCUCCAUCAUGAAGAAGUCAGACUGAACCGUUUGCUCUGUGUGGGCUCGGCGGGUCACUUUGAUGAGCUGGAGUGCGAGUUUGGUCAAGAUGAGACUGAUGAGCUGGCACUGGAAGACCGAGAUCACUUUCUGGCUGCCAUCCUUUUCCAGAAGCAGUGGAAGGCCUCUAUCCAGCGCAAGCUGCGCAGGGCCUGCCUGGUGGUAGCUCUGUGCAUCAGCUGGAGGAGAUGGGUCCAGAGAGACCAGGUUAGGGAGGAAACCAGGGAGCCUAGGGCUGGGAGCUUCAAAAGAGCUGAUGUGGAUCGGACCCAGUGUGACCUAUGUGGAGUGAAGUUCAUCCGCAGCCCCGAGAACUACUUCAGUCCCAGCAGAGCAUUUGAAGGCGCGACCUUAGGGGCUGUAGUCCUUUCCAACUCUGAGCUGGAAGGGAGGGAAUGUCGAGAGAGAAGCAAUGAGUCCUACGAGCAGCACAUCCAUCUGGAAAGUCAUCAGCAGCAGCAAGCAGCUUACCAGAAAUACCUGGAGUUUUUCCGUGAGAAGGUGGAUCCAGCCAUUGAUGAGGGCAAGCUGGUAGUUCAGGGCAUCGAGCAGAGCAUAUGGAUCCGCAGUCAUGUGGGCUCCAAGGAGCAGAGCCGCAUGCUACAGAGGAAAGUGCAGGAGCACAUCCGGCGGGUUUCAGAGAUGGUGGAGGAGCUGUACAGGCGCAAGGCCUGGGCUGAAGCAGGGGAAGCAAUGUCUCGGCAGGUGAGGGUUCUGGCACUAUCAGUCAAGGAUGCACAGGAGUGGCUGACUAAGACAGAGCUCCGCUUAAAAGAGGAAGGUAUUGUUCAGGAAGAUGACUAUGAAAACGAAGUUGAAGACUUUGGUGAGCUCCGUCCUAGAAGGCGUUCACGGAAAUGUGGGAAGCAGAGGAAGUAUUAAUGUCUUACACAGCUGCCUCUUACACUCUCAGACAUUCCAUCCAGUCCUAGAGUUCUGAAUGCUGAGGCCAGAGAGAAAAAGAACAUGGAUUAGUGUUUCAAAAAUAAGUGUAGGCCACCUUUGCUUUUCAUUCUUGUUAUUUCUCUUAGCCUGAAGGGACCUCAUGAUUAUUUUCCAAGCUGAAAUCUAACGGUAUUGGUCCCUUCAAAUAUGUCCAGUUUAGGGGAGUGGUAGUUGAAGAGAACACUGGGACUCCUAGUGUCAGGCUCUCUGGCUUAUCGCCAUUUGAUGUGAGUCAGGAGAGAACUAGGCAUUUAAGAUGAGUGUCCUGGACUUCGCACAGUGCCCUGUUUGGGUCAGGAAAUCCUUCUGUAGAUCUCACAUCUGCUGUGAGCAGCGCAGAAACUCGAUGUACCCAGGGUUCAUUUGGGUCUGCCAUCAUUACCCUGAACCCGGACUACUUUCUGGUUGUCUGUGAUACGUUAGCUUUUUCUCUCUGGUAUCUUUUCUACCCUCCCUCUUCCCUUCAUUUGCUGUGGUUAUUUUCAGCUACCUGUGCAAGUUGCGGAUAGACUACCUCAGAAUGUAGUCAAGCAUUCACUCAGCAUCCUUUGGACACUUUUUUUUUCUUCCUUUCUUAAUUCCUUCCUUUCUUCUCUCCCUCCUCACCUCUCUCCCUUCCCUCCCUCCCCUCCCUCCCUCUCUCCGUAUCUAUCUGUCUGUCUGUCUGUCUGUCUGUCUGUCUGUCUGUCUAUCUAUCUAUCUAUCUAUCGAAAUGUUCAGGGGUGUUCCUGGUCUGCCUCUCCAUGGUGGUCCUACCUUUUCCUUGGCUAUUGUGUUGAUGUCCUGAGAAGUGCUUUGUGCAUUGGCUAGCUCUCUACAUCUAGGUUUCUUGGUUCUCCCCGGCAAGUUUGACACCAUGCCUAGGUUGACAUCUUGAGUUUCCUCCUGCUGAGCACACUGCUGUGGGACAAUCUUUGAAAUUUGGUUGUAGAUUGCUGCCACGUGGCCAGUAGGCCCUGAAAGAAAGGGUUGCAAAAGGGGCUGUUUGUAGCAGGUCAGUGUUCCCCUCCACCCACUGCCAGUAGUUUGCCCUCAUGUGGAAGCAAGCUUUCCUGCCUCUCUAAUGGUCACUGCCCACCCUUGCCCUGAGCCCAGGGUCACACUGCUCUCGGACAGUCUGUCAUAACAGAGUCAGUGUCUCCACUGUGCGACUGCUGCUGCUCACGCUCCCUCCGCUGUCUUUCUAAUGACUCACUUCCUCGAAAUGUUUGCUUUAUAAUUUUGAUUGAGUUAUGUUUCUCAUUUAUAUUUCAGAUUUUUAUAAACUUGCCAGAAAUAAUCCCUAUCAAAUAUUGCUGUAUUCCUACAUUUUUAUAAAGUUAUAGCAUCU